UGUGUGUCCUCUGACUAUAUAAACCUGUCUGUCACACACAGGGACAGAGUGUCUGAGUGAUGCUGAGCAGCUCUGGUGGGAUGUGAGAUCUGUCCAGUUUGAAUCAGGUGUUCCACCACGCUGAACGAUGCCUCGGUCUUUCCUGGUGAAGCGAGGGGGGCUGCACUACCUGCGGCCCUCAGCCAGAAGCCCCAGUCCUGGAGCCACCCCUGUAGAGUUCAUCCAGCUGGAGCAAAAAGUGGAGUCCUGGGGUGGAUCCCUGCAGUACUCCGCAGCAGAAACACCAGUUAUAAAGCCGGCGUCCAUCCCUUUGUCACAAACAGAACCUUCUGGUCGCUCUGAUGCAACCGGGCCCUUCCAAUGUUUCAGUGAAGAAACCAAAGGACUUGCUGAGCUCUGCAACACUUUGACCCAAGUGGAGAAGGAUGGAUCUGUCUCUUCCACACAGGCAGCGUGGCUGAGCUCGCACAUCGGCUCAGGAUUCAAAGACAAAGUCUCUCUGGGACUUGGAGACCUGACUCCCCCGUUGAUUGUGAGGGACACUAGGAGCGGCUCCUGUGGCGUCCUGAGACAAGAGUGUGUUGUCUGCAACAAAGUAUUUUCAUCGCUGUCGAGUCUAAAGACCCACGUCUGUAAGAGCCAGAGAAACAAAACACAUCUGUCUGUAGAGCAGCUCAAGUCCAGCGGGCCGGUGAGCAAACGGCCACCGUACAGGAGCAAGGAGAAGACGUUCGGCUGCACCGUGUGUGGGAAAGUGUUCAAGCGCUCCUCCACCCUCUCCACCCACCUGCUCAUCCACUCGGACACGCGGCCCUACCCCUGCCAGUACUGUGGCAAGAGGUUCCACCAGAAGUCCGACAUGAAGAAACACACCUUCAUUCACACCGGGGAGAAGCCUCACGUGUGUCAGAUCUGCGGCAAGGCGUUCAGUCAGAGCUCCAACCUCAUCACUCACGGCCGGAAACACAGAGACGACCGGGCCCACCGCUGCCCCCGCUGCCCCUGCAGCUUCCAGCACAAAGUGGACCUGCGGCAGCACCAGCAGCAUCACUGCACUUUCCGCUGAGCGCCCGCAAAAAGUCAACCCUGUUGGCCUUUUUCCUCAUAGAAAACAACAAAAAACACACUUUGAGCAAAAUUAUAUAUCUAUUGUUAAGUAUAUAAGUACACAACUAACAUUUAAGUUGCAUCUUUUUUAUAGCCAUCAACAAACUUCUGAUGUAAUUCCAGCUGGACGUUUGACCAUCUCUUUUGGCGGAAUUGGUACCGUUUCUAUAAACCGGUUGGUUUCUGCUGACUCUGAUUUGAAUCAUAGUCCACUGAGAACUUUGGGACAUUAUCCUGAUUUAUCCAAUCAGAAACCAGUUCUGAUGUGUUUUUGGGCUCGCUGGACCCCUCACGAGGUGAAGUUUAGUCCAGCUUGAUGCCACCAACACCGUGCUUGGUAGCAGCGACACUGUUUCUAUUUUUUGUCACUUUGUGUUUCUUCCAACCAUAAAACCAUCUCCAGAAGACAUUUGGCUCAUCCACAUGGGCAGCUGCAGCUUUCACUGGAGCUCUUGGAGAUGUCUCUUUUGGAGCAGGAGCUUCUUCAGUACUCAGCAUGUCCAGGUGUUUCUACAGAGAAGCCUUGAUGRCACAGACCUAACUUAUUUCUAAGCCCUGUGUUUGUCCAUAUGUAUAGAAUAAAAAUACAAAAAUAAAACAAUAUCAACAAGAAA